ACAGUAAAUUUUACUUUAAUUCAAAAAUUAUACAAUCUUCUCUUUCUCUCUCGUCUUAUUUCUUUGUCUCUCUAUCUCUCUCUAUUUUCUUUCUUCUUUCUUCCCUCUCUUCCUCUUCCUUCUUCUCUCUUCCCUCUCUUCCUCUUCUAUAGAAUUUGUACUGAUGAUUUGGUGAAGUUUGGGGUUAUGUCGGAAAUGCCGCGAGAACAUCAUCCAUGUACUCCGCUUGGGGCAGAUCUCAAAUGGAGAUAUUUCUGGAGAAUCGCCUCAAGGAGAUUAUAUGGACCAUUUCCAACGGGACUAUGGCUACCUUCUCGAUCACUUUGAGCGGAAACGCAAGAAGACGGCUCGUGAUGUUCAUAAGCACUCUAAAACGGCCCAGAAGGUUGAGUCUUUUGACAAAGGCACAAAUGCGCUUAGCAACGCAAGAUCAACUGCGUCAAGCAGCGAAAAAUGGAGUUGAAAUGCGCCAUGCAAAUAAACGUGUAAAGCUUGGGACAAAAGUGGAAUUGCGUGUUCAACAGGAAGAGCAAAUAUAAGGAGCGUGUGCAUGUUGUAAUCACCAAAAACGAGCUGCUGCUGAAACAAAACGGCUCCGGUUGCUUGAAACUGAGAAAAAGAGGGCGCACACACAAGUCUUGCAGGAAACACAUGUGGUAAAGUGUGUAUCUCACCAGCGUGAGAUUGAGAGAAGGAAAAAGAAGGAUGACUUGGAAGAUCGAUUACAAAGGGUAUGGUGUUAUUUCAUUUCUUUGGAUUCAUUUUCACUGCUUGAAAAUUUUUAGAUGUUAGAUGGUGGCCUGCCUGUGUGGUGCUAUUUUUAACCAAGUCUCCAAAUUUACAUUGAGCAGGCCAA